AGCCGUUUUGGCCCAGGCCGCCUCGGCGAGCAGGCCGAGAAGGCGCGCCUGGCGGGCCGCAUGCCCGCGGCAGCCGCGCAGGCCCGGGGGGCGAGGCGAGGCGUGGUGCCGGUGCUGGCGCUGCUGGCGGCGCCACUUGCGUCCUGGGCCGUGGAACAUGCCCGACCUAAGACCAGCCCAACCCCCCGGCCUGGCCCCGCUCCGUGCGCGUUUUUGGCCCGGAAGACAGCGCCGCCGACAUCCGGUCGGCAGUGGACGAGGCGUACCGGGUGAACGGUGGCGAAGGGAACAACGGCGAGUUUUCCCAGCACCGCUUCGCCUUCCUCUUCCGGCCCGGCGAGUACGACGUGGAGGUUCCGGUAGGCUACUACACCCAGGUGGCUGGCCUCGGGAGGAGCCCCGAGGACGUUGUCUUCUCGUCCGAGAAGGGCGUGUACUGCGAGGAGGGCAGCUACAAUCAGGACCGCGGGGCCCUGACGACGUUUUGGCGCGUGGCGGAGAAUUUCAAGUCGGAUGCGACGAAUAACUGGUUCGGCGAACUGCGCGGAAUGCUCUGGGCGACUUCGCAAGCGGCGCCCCUGAGGCGGCUGGUAGUCAGCGGAGAUCUCAUCCUGUUCCAAUACAAGGAUGGCGAGGCGGCCGGGUAUGCCAGCGGUGGCUUCCUCGCGAACUCCAACCUUCUUGGGCAUGUCGCGUACGGGUCGCAGCAGCAGUACUUCACCCGCAACUCCGCGCUGAGCUCCGCCGACGGGGGCGUGUGGAACAUGGUCUUCGUCGGCACCACGGGCGCCCCGGGCACCGCCUGCGGCGCCGGGGACGAGGGUUCGCAGGUACAGCACGUGGUUGAGGUCGGCGAAGCUCCGAAGGUGGCCGAGAAGCCCUUCGUCUUCAUAGGGGCGGACGGGAAGUACGGCCUCGCCGUCCCAGAGGUCAAGGCGGCCCGCGUGGGAUUCGACUGGGACGAAGGCGCGCGCGAGGUGCCGUUCGAGAGAGUAUUCGUCGCCGACCCCGAGAGGGAUACCGCCGACACGAUCAACGCCAGGCUGGCCGAGGGCCUGGACGUAGUGCUGGCCCCCGGGGUGUACCAGCUGGACGCCCCCCUUCGGCUGCAGACCGCCAACCAGGUCCUGCUCGGCCUGGGCCUCGCGACGCUGGUCGCGAUGCGGGGCGCGCCGGCCGUGCGGGUGGGCGACGUGGGCGGGGUGCGCGUCGCGGGCGUCCUGCUGCAGGCCGGCCCGGAGCGCUCGGACUCGCUGCUGGAGUGGGGCAGCCGGGGCUUCCCGGGCGACGCCGGGAACCCCGGCUUCCUCCACGACGUGUUCGCUCGGGUGGGCGGGCCCGCAGAGCCCUCGGAGCAGCGGGCCUCCACGAUGAUCCGCAUCAACGCCGGCAACGUCAUCGGGGACAACCUGUGGCUGUGGCGCGCAGACCACACAGAGGCAGGGGAGGUCAAGGGCGGCGCCCACCCGUGCGAGGUUGCGCUCUGCGUAGAGGGCGACGACGUCACCAUGUACGGCCUGGCCGCCGAGCACACCCUGGGAGACCAGGUUCGCUGGAGCGGCGACCGCGGCGCGACCUACUUCUUCCAGUCGGAGCUGCCCUACGACGUCGCUGAGGCGUACGGUGAGAUGGGCUACGCGGGCUACAGGGUGAGCAACAACGUCACCGAGCACCGGGCCUUCGGGGCGGGCGUCUACCACUACUUUCGCGACUUCCCCGUGACGGUGCACGCGGGUAUCGUCGCGCCCGCGCACGUGAUGGCUUCGAUCGUCUCGCCGGUGGCGGUGUUCCUCAAUGGCCGAGGCACCAUGCGGCACGUGGUGGACAACCUCGGGGCGGACACCUCCGAGACUGCCAGCGGCGGCAUUGCGCAGUGGCUCUGCCCGGCGGACGCGGAGGGCAAGGCGGUCAGCGUCCCCGCGGACCCCGGCGGGCCGUCGCACCGCUCCACGCCGCUGGGCCCCGCGCCGGCCCCGCGGCCGGCCCCGCGCGGCGGGGCCGCCCCGAAGCCCACGUCCGCCAGGGGAGGCGGCGGCGCCGCGCCCCGGCCGGCCGCGGCCCCCGCGAGCGCGCCGGCGUGGCUGAGGUCCAGGAGCAAGGGCGGGGGCAAGGCUGCGCUGGGCCCCGCGGAGUCCGGAUCUGGCAUCGACUGGGACCUCGGCAAGAUCUACCUCGCCGCCUGCAUCGUCGGCGCGCUGCUCGGCGUGCUGUGCAUACCGGCCUUCGACCGCCUCAGGAGCGCGGGCGCCAACGGCGCCGCCGCCGAGAGCGCCGCCGACGCAUCCGGCGCGCCUGCCCGCGCCGCCUCGUGGCUGGAGGUCGACAGGUCGGGGGCGCCCGCCAGCGCGCGGCGGCUGCUGGACCUGGAGCGCGCGGCGGGCGCCAAGGGGGCCCGCAGCCCGCGCGCGGGCUCCACGGCGUCCUGGCUGGCACCGCUGUGAUGCGGGCCUCUCCUCAGCGCGAGCCGGGUAGUGUUGAGUCGAGCCCAUGCGGGUCUCCGCAUCGUGAGCCGGAUAGUGCGGCGAAUUCGUCGGCCUCAUGGAGCGGAGAGGGCUCUGAGCGUCUGCCUCUUCCGCUCACGUUUCGGGGGCGCCUGCCUCCCCCCCCCCUUCGGGAACGCGCGCCCCGGGAGCCACCACGGCAAGGGGGGCGAGUUGACCGAGAAGCUGACUGCCGAUUUCGGCGUCGAAGAUUCGGUUGAUCGAGCGGCUUCCGGCAGGCUUUGGUGGCAUGUGCGCGACUGCGACGCAGCCGCAACGCGGUGCCGCCAGGUUUGCCCUCAGAGCGCCUGGGAACUCCAGGCGGAUGACCACUAGCACGAGUUCAAGGCGAGAUCUCUCCCGCUCCCUCUCUUCCUCUCUCCGCUGUCCACCCGACCCCUAUCGCCAGCGUUCCCCACCGGCCAGCCAGCGGACGCAGUGCCAUCUUCCAGGAAUCGGCGGGCGCCGGUCGGGGUGCAAAGCAUCGCCUCCGGCCGUGGCGCUCGCCGCGAGCACCAUCCCAGCUGGUCCGGCAGCCACCUAGGUGGCCACAGCCGUGGCCGAGCGGCGUUUACCUGCACGCCCCACGCUUUGUUGCCUGGCGCUCCGCCGAAGCGGAGGUCGCCCCCCACAGCGCCAAACUUGCACGAGUCCCGCGUCGCGGGUCGGAGUGCUCCUCCUCCU